AUGACAAGAAAUUUAUUUCCAUUAAUGUGUUUUUUUUCUCUACACAAACCAGUUAUUGCACACAGAAUGUUGAUGUAUUCAUCAUACGUUAUUGUUUUAUUGAGCAUAGUUGGUUUUGUUUUAACUAAUCCUGUUAGAAAUACAUUUUUAAAUGAAAAACCUGAAAAUCUAUCAUUAACUCAAGCUUUUAAUAAAGCUGAAAAAGCAGUCAAGCGUUAUUCGUAUUUAAUUAAUUCUGAUACUGAUCAUCUUGUUCAUGGUAUAUUACAUAUUUUAAUGAAAAAUCCAACAUUAUUUACAUUAAUUCCACGUCAUGCAGUAGAUAUAAUAUUUGACAAUAUUGCCGAAAAAUUAGGUUAUGAUGAUGUUGAAACUAUAACAACACCUAUUUUACUUAGUAUUGAACAAAAUUAUCAAAAAAAAGGUGGACAAACAACACCAAUUGAAUUAACCGAUGAAACAAAAGAAAAAAUUGAAGAAGCAUUGGACAAUUUUUUAGAUGGAGAAUUUCAGCGUCAUUAG